AAGGUCUAAUUUAGCAACAUCUAGUUAAACAUGCGCUGGGUUGUCUUGAUUGCGAACAAUCAUUUGCCUCUAUUUUGGUGAGAUUCACUCGUUACUAGAUAACAGCUAUUCAAAUCUUCAAGAUAAUCAAAUUGGACGCAAGUUAAAUUGGCUUUUAAUCAUCAACCAACUGAUCCAACUCAAUUUCAUUCUUGUUCUGCCUGGUGCAUUCAACUUUUUCAGUUUGUCUUUUCAUUUUCUUUUAACUUUUUUAUCCUUCCAACAUCAAAUUAGUUGUUAAAUUAGCCUUUACUCAUCAAUCGUUGACAAUUUUUACCAACUUUAACUGUCAAAGUUUAAUCUUGGUUCCAUCAAUCUCCUGAUAAACUUUUAAAUUGUGAAAAAAAAUCUUAUCGUCCAGACAUGAUAGUUCAUUGUGAUGAAGUUUCAAAGGAAUUAUCUGUGAUUUUUUAAAAAUUCAUUUUAAGAUUCACUUUCUUUUGAUCAUCGACUUAAUUUUCUGCUAGUCGCGCUUUUAAUCAACGGUCCCUCUACACGUGAUUCACUUGUUUUACAGUUAAAGUUGAAACAUUUUAUAAACUGUUAUAUCAAAGAGUAGCUAUUCUUUGAUUGUUAUGGUGAAUGAAGAUAAUCAUUUUUUGGAAGCUAAAGAAAUCGAUUCUAAAGUGUUUUUAGAGCCAGUUGAUGAAAAAAUUUUAAACGAGAAUGAACCUAAUAAUUGUAUACCCGUUAGAAAGCAGCGAAAGAAGAAGAAGAAGAAGAAAGGGAUUGGAACUGGAACUGACGAGUUGGGUUCAUUAUUACAGAGCAAUGAAAAGGUUGGAAGCCAUGAAAGUGACAAAUCUCAAGAAGGUUACGCGCCAAAACCAGCAACGGAUUGUGUGAUAAAGAAAAGGAAUAAAAAACGAAAGAAAAAAACUUCAAGUGAUGUUAAGAUUGAAGAAAAAGAAUCAACUUCUGUUGAAAAUGAUAAAACCGUUCCAUUGUUCAUUCCUGUUAAGCAGCUUUUCUCCGAUUCAGACUAUCCCAUAGGUGAAAUUAUGGAAUAUCCUAAAGUUGAACUUGACAGUCGCACUGCCAUUAACCGAACAAGUAAUGCUGAAAAGAAGGCCUUGGACUCUGCUAAUAUCGAUAUGUACAAAGAAUUAAGACAAGCUGCUGAAGCUCAUCGUCAAACUCGAAAAUUUAUGCAAAAAUUCAUAAAACCAGGAAUGAAGAUGAUUUAUAUUUGUGAAAUUUUGGAAGAUAUUGCUCGUAAAUUGAUUGAUGAAAAAGGCUUGGAGGCCGGACUUGCUUUUCCGACAGGCUGUUCAUUAAAUAAUUGUGCUGCUCAUUAUACACCAAAUAGUGGAGAUAAUACCGUUUUUGAAUACGACGAUGUUUGCAAAAUUGAUAUUGGAACUCAUAUAAAUGGUCGAAUAAUUGAUUCCGCUUUUACGAUGACAUUUAAUUCAAAGUAUGACAAACUUUUGGAGGCUGUUCGUGAAGCAACCAAUACUGGUAUCAAAGCAGCUGGUAUUGAUGUACGACUCUGUGAUAUUGGUGAACAAAUUCAAGAAGUUAUGGAAUCAUAUGAGGUUGAAAUCGAUGGGAAAACUUACCAAGUAAAACCGAUUCGUAAUUUAAGUGGUCAUUCAAUACACCCUUAUCGAGUUCAUGCUGACAAAAAUGUUCCAAUCACGAAAAAUGCUGAUCAAACAAGGAUGGAGGAAGGUGAAAUCUAUGCAAUUGAAACUUUUGGUAGCACUGGACGUGGUUAUGCUGUGGCUACUGCUGAUCAAGAGUUUUCUCAUUAUAUGAAAAAUUACGAAACUGUCAAUGUUCCAAUGAGAUCAACAAAGUCCAAGCAAUUGCUAAACGUAAUCAACCAAAAUUUUGGCACAUUAGCUUUUUGCCGUCGCUGGUUAGACAGGCUGGGCCAGAGCAAAUACCUUCUUUCUCUCAAUGAUUUAUGCCAAAAAGGAAUCGUUUCACCAUACCCUGCAUUAUUUGAUAUAAAGAAGAGUUAUUCAGCUCAAUAUGAGCAUACAAUAAUUUUAAGACCAACCUGUAAGGAAGUUGUUAGCCGGGGCGAUGACUAUUGAUCUACACUUUCAUCUUUUUUUGUCAAAGAUUGACUCUAGUUUUGUUUAUCAAUCUUUUAGAUUUUCAAAAAAUUUAGUAAAAUACAAAAUACUUUGAUUAUCGAAGCUAAUUAAAUUCAUUCAUAUUAUGAUAGA